UCUGACUGGGCCACAAACUUGUGUCUUGCUUUCAUACUGUUUCACUACUCUCUUUACGCGCAGCCUUGUACGAAGUCCUGUAUCGCAAGCUCGAAAACCACAACCUCAUCCUUUUUUGCGUCAGUCGCUUCACCAGCGGUAUGGCUUCGGCUGCCAGCAACGUCGCGAUCGCCGCUACAGCUGGCACGAUAUCGCAAAUUUCAAACAGUCGCAACAUGUCUCGCCAGACCCGUACGAACCCAUCUCGCACGUCCAAGACAGUCGCUCGCUCGUUUCAUUUCUACGGUCAAUCGUCAGCUGGCGACUCUUCUCAAGUGCCUACCACCCCCCACGGCCUCUACCCUGCUCUCACCCACUUCACCGACGCCAUCACGGCCCUCCCGCGGGAGUUUCGUCGGCACAAUUCGCUUUUGAAGGAGGUCGAUGCGAAGGCGUGGGCCCUGGAAGAUAAUUUACAACAGCUGCUCUUGUCGGCGUCGGAAUCGCGGCCGGUUCCUUAUCCGCCGAAUCCAGCCCCGAUUGUGGACGGGGUAGUGAGGGAGUAUGGCGUGUCUCAGAAUGACCUGCAGAACGUCGAAUCGCAAGAGAGCAGAGAGCGCAGGCUGCUUUUCGAUCGUGUAAGGCGUUCUUUGUCGGAUUUAAUGAUGACGGCGGACGAGAAAAACCAUGUUUUAACCAACGCAAACGACGAGCUUGACCAUCAGUUGUUUCGUCUCAAUACCAUCUUCCCAUACAUCUCAGGAGAAGUUAGCGAAGAAGCGAGGCUGGGAAGCCUUACUCAUUGGGCCUAUACAAAUCGCACUACUGCUAAGGCUGCAACUACUGGGAAUGAACGUCCUCGACGUGAAGCAGCGUCUGCUACUUCUCACUUUGUGCACGCUCUGCAUGAAUCGGAGGGGUUGAGUCAUCGAGGCGACGGAAGGCGCGAAAACCCCCGCAAACAACGUCGAAAUCAUGCCGAAUUGGAUUCCGAUGACAUACGUACUGUAACAAAUCGGAAAGGUGGUGCAGCCAAGGCUCGUGCAAAUGCUGUUUACCAUGCAGACAGCGCAAUAACAGCUCAAGCACCGAAACGCAGGAAGGUCGUUGAAAAACCUGCUCCGGUACAAGUCGGCGGAACGAUCAUGGAAAGAUCCAUUAGUGCAGUUACAAAUAAUGGGCGAGCUGUUUCCAAGGACAGCUUGAACGCUGAUGCCAAGAAAAGACCUCGCGCGACUAAUGCAGUUUCUACAGCCGGCCGCAAGAGGAAUAACACGAUUACAUCCAACGUUGGGUCACCAUCCGCGGUUUCAUCCCCCAUUGUCGGAACUUUCAACCCUCCGAGGACUGCACCCAGUCCGGGACCUAGUUCCAACAAUCGACCACAGUCGUCAAGGGCGCAACAGCCUGCUUCUCAGGCAGCUUCUCGACAGCGUCCACCUUCUGUGUCCAAUCGCAUGAAUGCCAACAACAAACCAGUCGACUCAAAGAACAGUUUCCCGCGAGAAAGCUCGAUCAAAGAGAUCACACCUCCUGUAUUCCCCGGAGACACUGUUCGCCAAUCCGAUACUGAAAAGGAGACUUCCGACAGCAAAGCCAACUUGGUAACUGAUAAGAGCGAGCGUGCUGAGAUGAACGUUGUGGAUGACAACAAUGCGGCAGAACCAAUGGCAAUUAGUGCAUCUUCCAGUGGCCAUAUGAAAGGACGAUCUUCCAAGACAUCAACACCUGUUGUCUCUACAUUUCCCGAGUCUCAAACACGGGGACGAUCGUCUCGAAACAACACCGAAUCCGGAUCAAAACGCGUUCACAAGAAGACGGGAAGCGUCUCUACGGCAUACAAGCCGCGAGCAGCCGUUCCCGAGGAGGAGGAGUCAUCUCGCGAAGGCGACGAUGAAGAGGAUGAGAGCGAGCCUCGAUACUGUUUUUGCCACCAGGUCAGCUUUGGGGAGAUGGUAGCGUGUGAUAAUGAUGCCUGCCCGACGGAGUGGUUCCACCUGUCAUGUGUGGGGCUCACCAAGCCUCCUGGCCGGAAUGUGAAAUGGUAUUGUACCGACUGCAAGGAGAACAUGAAGCGUGGUCGGACGGCGGCAAAAUAAGGUUAAGGUGCUCUAGUCUCGACUUCUACACUACUACGAUGAUGAACGCAUGGGAGUUAUAUUUGCUGUUUAUAUUUAACCGUGUUGAGUUAUGUUAUCCAUUUGUUGUAUUGAUAGAAGCAUACGCAGAAAUCCUUUGUACAGUAUACAACUGCAUUAUUCACCCAGAAGGACAAGCUAGACGACGCUCCACGUGACUAGAAUGCCGCAGGAAGCCGGUCUUCAUUAAUAAUUAACAAUUGCAUUGUAUGUGGUAUUGGGCCACCAGGUUGGAGCUUGGAUCGCGUGAUUUGCUAGCGCCGACCAG